AUGAUCUUGCAAACCGGUAUCGACCUCAACUGGGCACCCCCUGCAACGCCUUCGGCCAACAGAGGGAGGACUUUUUGGGGUCAGGAGCAUGACUAUCCGUUUAUACAUGGUACUGAUGAAUUCAUGUCCGACAAUCUCCGGCUUUGUCUGCGAUAUCCAGGCUUCGUCGAUCGGAAUUACCCCACGGACGACCUCGAGUCCUUCUUCUGGGUAACAACAUGGGUGAUCCUGUUCGCCGACUCUCAAUACAAAGAUGCAAGAACAGAAGAGUGGCGGAAGUGGUGGACGAAACACCAUGGAUUCAAAGCGAUGCUACGACACCUGCGACGCUUCUCUGACUACCAAAGUGACCCGGCCGUGAAACAGAUGGAUGAAUUUCUGCUGGAAUGGUGUGGCCAACUUGACGCGCUGGAAACCGGAUGGAAUGAGGGGAGAGGUUGCAAAGAUAGUGAGGACAGUAAACAAUGGGAAAUUGCGAACUUUCAUCAGUAUGCUCGCCAUGGGGCUUCCGAUUCUUUGAGCUUGAUCCUGAAAUACCGGGAAAAACUAGACCUGUAA